CAGCACCUGAAAACCCACGUUCAGCCAAAUCCCCCCCCAUCCCUUUAUGAGGGGCAGACAGAACCCCUUGGCCUGUUUCAGUCUACGAGCCUCUUGACUCUAUCUCCACCUAGUACCCGACCCUGUCUUGCUUGAGCGCAAACAGUCAUGAAGUCAGCGACCUCCACCAAGACGCCUAAUGGCCAUGGCAGCCUUUACAAGGAGGUGCGCUUCUCCCCCACGAGCACCCCGAUCAAACGCUCGCAUUCGGUGCCAAACAACAACCACUCCACAUUGAAUUCCGAUCCCACGCACUCCUUCCAGAUGGCCAAGGAAGGAAGUGUCUCCUUGGCCAUCGGCUAUCUAGAACAAUCGCGGUCACUUCUCGAUCGCCAAAGGAUAAACUUCGAUCGCGAGCGGAUUCUCUUCGCUGAAGAAAGACAACUGUGGGAGAAAGAGCGGGCGUUGCUGAAAUUAAGGAUAACUGAGCUUGAGUCGUUGCUGGGGAGUAGGGGUGUCGCAACCACAUCUGCGACCGGUGGACUACCUUUCGCUGGCCUUCCUUCAAUCUCUCCUUCGCAGGUGUGGGAGGGGUCGAGCCCCCUCAGCCGGCCCACAAGGGUCUUCCCCGACGAGGAGAAACCAAACGGCCACCUGCACCUGCCUUUGCCAGAGCAAGGGGGAAACUCUGCACUGCCCGCACCGUCCCUCGAUGCAGCGCUCUCGCCCAAGUCUCAUGCAACCGAAUCGUCGGCGAGUGUUCCGGUGCCGAUAGAGAAGCUUGACAGCAAGCUCGACGGCAUCACACUCAAAUCAUCCGCCCUCCACCCAGAUGUCGUCGCUCGCGUUAUGACACCGCCUUCGCCAUCAUCCCGAGAACCAUCGCCUACAUCCCUCUCGCAAGAGAAGUUGCCGUCAGAACGCCGAAACAGCGUAAAGAUGAAACUGUCUGACCUGGCCCACUUGGGUCCCCCGGAAACGAACCUCGUGAGGGAUGCAGGACACACCCCUAUGGUUGUCAUCGAUCGGGACGUGGACACUGCGCAGGGAUCGCCAGGCGAAGCAGAAGCACCCUUGGGGGAAGAAGAACAACCCCUUACUCCCCCCAUAAGCCGAGUUCGGCAGCCUGCAGAGCGCUCUGAUUCAUAUUUCGACGGCGUGACAGACCUUCCAGAUGACCCGGCCCUGAAGGGGCCACUAUCCCUAGUCAAUGAGAAGGGACAUGACGAUGACUUUUUGCAAGAGGUGGACAUGAAACUCCUCGGCCAGGCAAAGCAAAUCCUAGGCCACAAGAAUGAGGAGAACGAGGAUGAAACGAACAAGCCCUCUAGUCAGGGCGAAGAGGUCCCUGAAAUUAAGUUCAAGAACUCGACCAAUUUUGGCACUGCAUUUGGAAGGUCUAUCUAAGAAAAGAUUUUUUUCCCUAUACUCUGUACAGCUGAAUGGGUUUAUUUUCUAUACUUGUGUUUCUUUCACCAAACUGGACUGUUUUGACAUGGAUACCAUAAACUAGCGAAUGAUGACCCCAUCACUGGGAACGAUUGUAUGUACAUGCGCAAAUAAACGACGCCAUUGUUGAUAUGUCUCCUC